AUGGCAUGUGAGCCAGAUCUGGGCGUCACAUCUCCAUUGGCUUUUGGCAGACUCGGGAACCCACUCUAUGUGGAAGAGCCCUUUUACUGGGGCUGUGGUCAGACCAACAUGUCCUGCAAGGUGGUGAAGGGGAAGCUGGUGGAGGUAGGCAAGUGGCCGUGGCAGGUGAGCAUCCUGUUCCUGGGCAUGUACGUCUGCAGCGGCUCCCUCAUCCACCACCGGUGGAUCCUCACGGCUGCGCACUGCUUAGAGAGGUCCCUGAAUCCCGACCAAUACUCUGUGAUGGUGGGAGUCCAGCACCUCCCAGAAAAGGGCACUCAUCUCCCGCUUGCUCACAUUGUGAUUCAUGAGAAUUUCAAGAACCUCAUAGCCAACGACAUUGCCCUCUUGAAGCUCAAGGACCCCGUCCUCUGGUCCCCCCUUGUCCAGCCUAUUUGCCUACCUACCACCAAUCUCAGGCCAUCUGUUGGAACCUCGUGCUGGGCGAUCGUGUGGGGACGUACAGACACAAAAGUGACCCCAAAGCCCCCCUAUAGUCUUCAAGAGGUGUCUGUCAAGAUAAUAAAACAUCAGAUCUGCGAUCGGCAGUACCAGUUCCUCUUCUUGAAGGGCCAGAAGAAGUUUAUCGGGAAAGAAAUGCUGUGUGCCAGCUCAGAGUGGGGCGCAGACUCUUGUCAGAUGAACUCCGGCAGCCCUAUGGUCUGCCAAGUGAACAAGACCUGGGUUCAGAUGGGGGUGGAGAGCUGGAGCUUCAGCUGCAAGCAGCACCACUACCCGAAUAUCUACACCAGCACCUCUCUCUUCACCCAGUGGAUCCGGAAGCAGAUCGGGGACGUGAAGUUCAUCAGCAGGGCCCACUCCGCCUUCCUGAGCCCCGUCUUCCACACCGGCUACAUUCUGCUGGUCUCCCUGGGCUCCCUGUGGCUCCUUUGA